CGUCCAUGGAUGUCUCUUCUGAUCCCUAUCUGCCCUACGAUGGCGGGGGAGGAGACGGCAUUCCGCUCCGGGAGUUGCAUAAACGAGGUACUCAUUAUACAAUGACAAAUGGAGGAAGUAUCAACAGUUCAACACAUCUACUGGAUCUUCUGGAUGAACCAAUUCCUGGAGUAGGAACAUACGAUGACUUCCAUACCAUUGACUGGGUUCGAGAGAAGUGCAAAGACAGAGAAAGGCACAGACGGAUUAACAGCAAGAAGAAAGAAUCGGCAUGGGAGAUGACAAAAAGUUUGUACGAUGCAUGGUCAGGAUGGCUAGUAGUCACACUAACUGGUUUGGCAUCAGGGGCGUUGGCGGGAUUAAUUGACAUUGCUGCUGACUGGAUGACCGACUUAAAGGAAGGCAUUUGCCUUAGUGCUUUGUGGUUUAACCACGAACAGUGUUGCUGGGGUUCAAAUGAGACCACAUUUGAAGAGAGAGAUAAAUGUCCGCAGUGGAAGACAUGGGCAGAACUAAUAAUUGGGCAAGCAGAAGGUCCAGGUUCAUACAUAAUGAACUACAUAAUGUACAUUUUCUGGGCUUUGAGCUUUGCCUUCUUAGCAGUUUCUCUGGUGAAGGUAUUUGCUCCCUAUGCCUGUGGCUCAGGGAUACCUGAGAUAAAAACUAUUUUGAGUGGCUUCAUCAUCAGAGGUUACUUGGGGAAGUGGACUUUGAUGAUAAAAACAAUUACUUUAGUCUUGGCUGUCGCAUCAGGUUUGAGUUUAGGAAAAGAGGGUCCCUUGGUACAUGUUGCCUGCUGCUGUGGGAAUAUUUUUUCCUACCUCUUUCCAAAGUACAGCACAAAUGAAGCUAAAAAAAGAGAGGUAA